AUGAGCUGCCUACUGCACGGUGAGCUGAGGCACAGCACUGACCGCGAUCCUUACAACGUACGAACAACACCGACAUACACUGACCGCGAUCCUUACAACGUACGAACAACACCGACAGACACUGACCGCGAUCGUUACAACGUACAAACAACACCGACAGACACUGACCGCGCUCCUUACAACGUACGAACAACAUCGACAGACACAGACCGCGAUCGUUACAACGUACAAACAACACCGACAGACACUGACCGCGCUCCUUACAACGUACGAACAACACCGACAGACACUGACCGCGAUCGUUACAACGUACAAACAACACCGACAGACACUGACCGCGCUCCUUACAACGUACGAACAACACCGACAGGCACUGACCGCGAUCCUUUCAACGUUCGAACAACACCGACAGACACUGACCGCGAUCGUUACAACGUACAAACAACACCGACAGACACUGACCGCGCUCCUUACAACGUACGAACAACACCGACAGACACAGACCGCGAUCGUUACAACGUACGAACAACACCGACAGACACUGACCGCGUUCCUUACAACGUACGAACAACACCGACAGACACUGACCGCGUUCCUUACAACGUACGAACAACACCGACAGACACAGACCGCGAUCGUUACAACGUACGAACAACACCGACAGACACUGACCGCGCUCCUUACAACGUACGAACAACACCGACAGACACAGACCGCGAUCGUUACAACGUACGAACAACACCGACAGACACUGACCGCGAUCCUUACAACGUACAAACAACACCGACAGACACUGACCGCGAUCCUUACAACGUACAAACAACACCGACAGACACUGACCGCGAUCCUUACAACGUACGAACAACACCGACAGACACUGACCGCGAUCCUUACAACGUACGAACAACACCGACAGGCACUGACCGCGAUCCUUACAACGUACGAACAACACCGACAGACACUGACCGCGAUCCUUACAACGUACGAACAACACCGACAGACACUGACCGCGAUCCUUACAACGUACGAACAACACCGACAGGCACUGACCGCGAUCGUUACAACGUACGAACAACACCGACAUACACUGACCGCGAUCCUUACAACGUACGAACAACACCGACAGACACAGACCGCGAUCCUUACAACGUACGAACAACACCGACAGGCACUGACCGCGAUCGUUACAACGUACGAACAACACCGACAGACACUGACCGCGAUCGUUACAACGUACGAACAACACCGACAGACACUGACCGCGAUCCUUACAACGUACGAACAACACCGACAGGCACUGACCGCGAUCCUUACAACGUACAAACAAGACAAACAGACACUGACCGUGAUCCUUACAACGUACGAACAACACCGACAGGCACUGACCGCGAUCGUUACAACGUACGAACAACACCGACAUACACUGACCGCGAUCCUUACAACGUACGAACAACACCGACAGACACAGACCGCGAUCCUUACAACGUACGAACAACACUGACAGGCACUGACCGCGAUCCUUACAACGUACGAACAACACCGACAGACACUGACCGCGAUCGUUACAACGUACGAACAACACCGACAGACACAGACCGCGAUCGUUACAACGUACGAACAACACCGACAGGCACUGACCGCGAUCCUUACAACGUACGAACAACACCGACAGGCACUGACCGCGAUCGUUACAACGUACGAACAACACCGACAGACACUGACCGCGAUCCUUACAACGUACGAACAACACCGACAGGCACUGACCGCGAUCCUUACAACGUACAAACAAGACAAACAGACACUGACCGUGAUCCUUACAACGUACGAACAACACCGACAGACACUGACCGCGAUCCUUACAACGUACGAACAACACCGACAUACACUGACCGCGAUCGUUACAACGUACGAACAACACCGACAGACACUGACCGCGAUCCUUACAACGUACGAACAACACCGACAGACACUGACCGCGAUCCUUACAACGUACGAACAACACCGACAGGCACUGACCGCGAUCGUUACAACGUACGAACAACACCGACAUACACUGACCGCGAUCCUUACAACGUACGAACAACACCGACAGACACUGACCGUGAUCCUUACAACGUACGAACAACACCGACAGACACUGACCGCGAUCCUUACAACUUCUCAUGGAAAAUUCACAACACUUGA